AUGGUACUUUCGUUGGUCUCACCCCUGACUUAUGCGGUUGCCAGCGCAUCAAAAAGAAUUUUUGUGAUAGCUGUAUCACUGUUAAUUUUAGGGAGUCCUGUGACGUGGUUAAACUGCGUCGGCAAGACUUUGGCCAUAUUCGGCGUGUUAUGCUAUAACCGGGCCGAACAGGUGUCUAGAGCAACUUCUCUUUUUGGCGGACACUGGUCUAGAGCGUCAGACACGGUAUUACCUCUAACACAAAACCAUCGUAUUAAAUACGAGCCACUUAACGGAAAUCUGGAUCCCUACUAUCAAGGGGCAGUUACGAGCAGCGUAAAUGGUUUCACUAGUAAACGUGGUGAAAAACAGUAUCCUAAUGUAAAUACAGUUGCUGCAAACAGCCUGCUGACUAAUGGAAAUAUGUUUCCAAAUGGUAGUACGACAACGACCCGUUUACUUUUUGUUUGAUUUCGUAAUUAAAUUGCUUCCAAGUUUUAAGUAAAGGCAGACUUAAGGAAAGCUCAGUUAGAUAAAUAAUUUGUUGAGGCAUAAUUAGAAAAACAAAUUGUGCAUGUGUGUAAAUAUGGUAAUUUUAUACAAACAAUUUCAGACAUUACACAAGAGUCUCAAAGCGGAUAUAAAAUCAAUAAUACAAGAACCCAUUUGAUAUGGGCGAAUACUCUUAUACUGAUUUGUUUUAUAAGAUUAUUAGAAAAUUAUCAAAAUAUGUUAUAAUAGUAACCAAUAAUUUUGCAUACAUAUAUGUGCAUACAUAUGUAUACGUAUGUAAUUUAAAUUAUAUCUCCUUCCCAGCGAGAAUUGUAGCAAAUGAUCACGCUUAUGUACGUACCUACAUACAUACAUAAGAGUUAUCUAUAAAACAGGACCAAUUUUAAGGAAUUUGAACUGAGAUGGUUUAUCGCCGUGUGAAAAUGUUAAAAAAGCAAUAAAUCAAUAUGACCAACUAUAAAGUAAAAACG